AUGUCGAGCGGUUCUUCUGAUCAUGGCAAUGUUACCACAUCGCACUCCCAGUCCAUCUUAGCACGGCUACCAAAGUGCGAGCACCACCUUCACAUCGAGGGCACGCUCAGCCCAUCUCUUCUAUUCGAACUCGCCGCCAAAAACGAUGUUGACCUCCCCGAUCGGCCCGAGUUCGCCUCUCAGGAGGCACUCGAAGAGUACUACAAACAUUUCACGGACCUACAGUCCUUCCUCGACGCCUACUAUGUCGGUUCAAGCGUCUUGAUCACCGCCGACGACUUCGAACGUCUCGCGUGGGAUUACCUUACCGCAGCCAAGCGCGACGGUGUAUGGCACGCCGAGCUCAGCUUCGACCCCCAAGCCCACCACCGUCGAGGCAUUUCCAUCGACGUCGUUAUCGAAGGCCUUUCCCGCGCCACGAAGCGCGCCGAAGCCGAACUCAACAUGUCCACUUGCCUCAUCUUCUGCCUCAUGCGUGACCUCGGCCUCAAUUUGGCGCUUAAGACUCUCCGCCUGGCUGAAGAGCACAUCCGCAAUGGUACGAUCGUCGGCAUCGGCCUCGACAGCACCGAAGUUGGCAUCGAUUUUAAAAGCUUUAAACCGCUUUACGAUCUCGCGUUAUCGUAUGGUUUGCGCAUCACCGCCCACGCGGGCGAAGAAGGUCCGCCUCAAAACGUCUGGGACACCGUCGAUGUAUUGGGAUGCAGGCGUGUCGACCACGGAGUGCACGCGGCCGAAGACCCAGCUCUGUUACAACAUCUCGCCGACACCCGCACGCUGCUGACGGUUUGCCCAAUCAGCAACGUCUGCCUCAAAGUCAUCGAACACGUGCGGGAUUCGCCGCUGCCCCAAUUCCUGGCGGCCGGAGUGCCAUUCAGUAUCAAUAGCGAUGAUCCAGCCUAUUUUGGCGCUUCCGGUAUACUGGAGUGCUAUCAAGCCGUGCAGAACGCCUUCAACUGGGGACCCGAGGAAUGGUUAUGGAUUUGCAGGUCCUCAAUAGAGGGUAGUUGGAUGGACGAUGAAAAGAAAGACAAGAUGCUGGCAGCUUGCAAUGUCGUUCUUGCGGAAUGGGAAUCUGCCCGAGGACGAAAUAACCUUGGGCGGUAGAGCAUCUGUUGCUACGUGCACCACCCAAGAUGAUAGAUAUGACGGAUAUGCACCAGCAGAAGUACAACAGUGAAAUGUACAUCUACUCUAUCCAAC